UUUUUUUUUUUUUUUUUGUACCAUAGAGUUGCUCUGAAAACAGAAGAUAGAGGGAGUCUCGGAGCUCGCCAUCUCCAGCGAUCUCUACAUUGGGAAAAAACAUGGAGUCAGCUCCGGCAGCCCCCGACCCCGCCGCCAGCGAGCCGGGCAGCAGCGGCGCGGAUGCGGCCGCCGGCUCCAGGGAGACCCCGUUGAACCAGGAAUCCGCCCGCAAGAGCGAGCCGCCCGCCCCGGUGCGCAGACAGAGCUAUUCCAGCACCAGCAGAGGCAUCUCAGUUACGAAGAAGACACAUACAUCUCAAAUUGAAAUUAUUCCAUGCAAGAUCUGUGGAGACAAAUCCUCAGGAAUCCAUUAUGGUGUCAUUACAUGUGAAGGCUGCAAGGGCUUUUUCAGGAGAAGUCAGCAAAGCAAUGCCACCUACUCCUGUCCUCGUCAGAAGAACUGUUUGAUUGAUCGAACCAGUAGAAACCGCUGUCAACACUGUCGAUUACAGAAAUGCCUUGCCGUAGGGAUGUCUCGAGAUGCUGUAAAAUUUGGCCGAAUGUCGAAAAAGCAAAGAGACAGCUUGUACGCAGAAGUGCAAAAACACAGGAUGCAGCAGCAGCAGCGAGACCACCAACAGCAGCCCGGAGAGGCCGAGCCGCUGACUCCGACCUACAACAUCUCGGCCAACGGGCUGACGGAGCUGCAUGACGACCUCAGCAACUACAUCGACGGGCACACCCCUGAGGGGAGCAAGGCAGACUCAGCCGUCAGCAGCUUCUACCUGGACAUACAGCCUUCCCCAGACCAGUCAGGUCUUGAUAUCAAUGGAAUCAAACCAGAACCAAUAUGUGACUACACACCAGCAUCAGGUUUCUUUCCCUACUGUUCUUUCACCAACGGAGAGACUUCCCCAACUGUGUCCAUGGCAGAAUUAGAACACCUUGCACAGAAUAUAUCGAAAUCCCAUCUGGAAACUUGCCAAUACUUGAGAGAAGAGCUCCAGCAGAUAACGUGGCAGACCUUUCUGCAGGAGGAGAUUGAGAACUAUCAAAGCAAGCAGCGGGAGGUGAUGUGGCAAUUGUGUGCCAUCAAAAUCACAGAAGCUAUACAGUAUGUGGUGGAGUUUGCCAAACGCAUUGAUGGAUUUAUGGAACUGUGUCAAAACGAUCAAAUUGUGCUUCUCAAAGCAGGUUCUCUAGAGGUGGUGUUUAUCAGAAUGUGCCGUGCCUUCGACUCUCAGAACAACACCGUGUACUUUGAUGGGAAAUAUGCUAGCCCCGAUGUCUUCAAAUCCUUAGGUUGUGAAGACUUUAUUAGCUUUGUAUUUGAAUUUGGAAAAAGUUUAUGUUCUAUGCACCUGACUGAAGAUGAAAUUGCAUUAUUUUCUGCAUUUGUACUGAUGUCAGCAGAUCGCUCGUGGCUGCAGGAAAAGGUAAAAAUUGAAAAACUGCAACAGAAAAUUCAGCUAGCUCUUCAACACGUCCUACAGAAGAAUCACCGGGAAGACGGAAUACUAACAAAGUUAAUAUGCAAGGUGUCUACAUUAAGAGCCUUAUGUGGACGACAUACAGAAAAGCUAAUGGCAUUUAAAGCAAUAUACCCAGACAUUGUGCGACUUCAUUUUCCUCCAUUAUACAAGGAGUUGUUCACUUCAGAAUUUGAGCCAGCAAUGCAAAUUGAUGGGUAAAUGUAUCACCUAAGCACUUCUAGAAUGUCUGAAGUACAAACAAAAAUGAAAAACAAACAAAAAUUAACCAAGACACUUUAUAUGGCCCUGCACAGACCUGGAGCGCCAACACACUGCACAUCUUUUGGUGAUCGGGGUCAGGCAAAGGAGGGGAAACAAUGAAAACAAAUAAAAGUUGAACUUGUUUUUCUCAUGCAUAUGAUUUCCAUUAUGCCUACAGAUAUGGACCCUUUUUCUGUCUCGACUUCUUGAUCGUUGACCUCUGUUUACAAUGUAAGGAGGGUACUAAAGUUGGAGGAUUUCCUUUUCUUGUAGCUCACUGCCCACAGACUUUCUACAGAGUCACCCAUCCAUCUAUCCGUAACAACAGAGAGUCCAGCAAUAAUCGGUGAUCGGUGUGCAUAGCGGAGGUUGCAGCAUUACUUUGCACAACUUGCUCUUUGUUUCAUGAAGGAAGUUUCUAUUUUUUUUUCACCGAUUAUUGCCAGUCAGCAGGACGGCACGAAAAGGGCCCAUAGCACUAGCAACAAUAGCAUUAUAAUAUAUUACAGGGUAAAUGGGCAUGAAGACUAUAUAUAGCUAAAAGAGAUAUUGUUUAUAUAUUGUUUUAAUUAAUAUAAAAUGUAGUUACUGGUGUAGCUUUUCCUGUUGAAUUGAUAAGGCACUUUCAUUUUGCACCUUUUUCUUUAAAUUAAAUGCUAGCGUGUUCACUGUCGUGUCGCAUGUGCACCAGAAACACAAGUUUAACUGAGAAGGCUUGGAAGGUACGUCAGGAGGUAUUUAUGCUGCUGUUUACAAAAUUACUUUUAAAAGACUGGCUGGUCAUAUCUAGAAAUCACAAUGUUGGAUUAUUAUUUUUUUUCAUAUGUGAAUUUGGAAUUAGAACUCUCCCUGAAUUAUACUUUGCGUUUCGGUAAAUUUAAGGAUAGAUGUGUUUAUGCUUCAUACAAAGUUGAAUGAUCGAUUGGUGCUGUGGACUUAGACCAUCGUGCACAUUAUUUUCAAAAGCUUUUUAAAAAUGCCACCUCAUGAAGGUAGGGGAGGGGAGGCUCAUUUUAUACAAUUCAGUAGUUAUAUAGACUCAGUCUCAACCUGGAGUACUUAUGCUUUGAGAACAAAUUGGUAACCAGAAUAUUUAUUGGAAUUUAGCUUUUGUUAUAAGAAGGACCCAAAGAUUAUAUCUGGAGCCAACACACACACUCCCCAUGUGAGGACAUGAAGCAUUCACUUUAUGAAUGUUGAUGUUCUUGGUAUAAUCUAGGAACCCUAAGAGUUUAUCUCAGAGUGAACUAUUUCUAGACUGGCUGCCUCCGAAUGCUAUAAUUCUAGCAUAUUGCUCUCCAUAUUUCAUAGACAAUGAAUAGGAGGGUGAGGGAGGCAUACGAUGUUGAACCAGUUUCUCUUAUUUAAAUAGUAACUAUUUUAAGCCUUUAAAGUGAAGUCAAUGCUAGCUGCAAACAUUUACUUUUGUAUUUAUCGUCACUAGAAAACUGUGGAUUGUAAUUUAUUUUAUUAAAUAUUUAGAAGAUUGUUUGGUUUGGGUGUUCAGGUGAGAAAUAUUGAGUUGUUUUUCUUUAAUUCCGUGGGUUUAAAAAAAUAAUUCCCAGUGGGGGAAGGGAGAAGGAACAGCCUGAUAUACAAGUGUGCAUAUGUUAGAAAUAAGUGACCUUUGGGAAUGUAGGCAUUUAGAGAUUAACUUUAAUCCCACUUGGGGUAGAAGUCAAACUGCUGGUCUUACGUCCAAGACCAUGUUUGUAUAGAAAAGGGAAUGUCCUCCCAUAGUGUAAAGGUGGGAGUUUCCAAGCAGCCUUUUAGAGCAAAGAAAGCAUCUCCUUUACCACCAGGGUCCCUCCUGGAUCCCCGGCAGGGAUUGUGGCUCCUGAUGUCACGCUGGAUCACGGUGAAGGCUUCCCAGAGGCCUUCACUCUGCUUUGAACUCCACUGACUUUCUGACUUGUUUCCUGAGGGACUUGGAAAAGGAGAAGGAAUUAUUCACACAGAAAUGUGUAUGAAGCCUAAAUAACAUCUAAAAAAUUUUUUUCAAAAGUAUAGUAAGGGUGUAACCAUAAAUAGAAGACAAGAGUAAUAUUUACUUAAAUUUCUUAGAAGCAGAUAAAAUUUUAUGUGUUUAUAUAGAGAGGUUAACUAUAAGCAUAUAGUAUUUAUAUUUGGGCAAGAAGGGUUAAAUCAAAUUUUUAAUUUAAAUAAGCAUAGUUCCUUUAAAGUUCAAUAGUAUUUAUACUCUGAAAAGAGCACCAAGCUUAGUUCAGUUAUUUAUUUGUCCAUGUUUUUGUCCUAUUGUUUCUCCUUUGGGGGAAAAUGGUGUGUUUUUAUUUUGGUUUGGUUUGGUUUUUUGUUUUUGUUUUUCUGUUUGUUUGUUUUUGUCAUUCUGAUUCACUAAAUUUGGGGAUGGUUUUAUUAAAGUAUAUUAACUUCUUUUUAACCAAAGCUUUCUGAAUAUGACCAGCCUCAGGUGCUAGCAUAUUAAAGAGCAACUAAACCUAAUUCCAGUGUCCAUUUGUGAAAUGAUAAGAGCUAAUUGAAUUUCUCUAAGGGUGAGAGAGAACGUAAUGUUGAACUUAAAAGAAAUUCUUUUUCCCAGAAAGGAUUUUGCAUGUACCUAAUGCAAAAAAAAAAUAAAAAAAAUAAAAAAGGACGCUCUAAUCUCAGUAAUAGUCACAGCACGGUGACAUUGCUUUUAGAGUAAACCAAGACACAUUGACAUGAUGCUGUUACUAGGUAUUUCUGAAAGAAAAGCAGCUGUGGACUUUGAGAGCAAAGUGUAGGAACAAAGAAGUAGAGGCAUGCUCCGUGAAAUGAGGGAACAGCUAACUAUUAUUUGGAUUGAAGUUGGGAUCUGAAGUUAAACAAUAAAUUCAGCUGAAAAAAAAAAGAUAUGACGUCUAGAAAAGGAUGUGAAAAACUUUGCAUUUUUAUUUUUGUCCUUAUUAUAGAAACACCAAUGUGAUGGCACAAAAUACUUGGUGAUACAGAACAAUUACUCGCAAUAGUUCUCGUAAUUAAAGUUUCCUAAACUUAAAUGUCCAAGUCUUUAAAAGAUUGGAAUCACAUCAUUGUUAUCCCGGCUGCUGUAAGGCCUUUUAUACAAAUUUUUAUGUAGGGUAAAUGAGGCUUUUCUACAAAUCCUGAAUACCUUCGGUUACAAUGGUGUCCAAAUGGUUGCAAUAUAUUGUGAAGAGAGUGGCCUUGGUCACAAUGAAAACAAAAGUGCAGAUGAAAGUGCUUUUUUGGACAGUUUGCAAAUUGUGUUAAAGCUCUGGAUUUUUUUUAAGUGUUCAGCAUCCUAAUUUACAUUCAAAGCUAUGGAUUUUUUUUAAAAGUCUUCAGCAUCCUAAUUCACCCUUCCUAACUUAAGGAAAACAUGACUUAUGACACUGCUUCUAAGUUUGGUUGUUCUUUAUAGUAUGGAUACCCAGAUGUCUGUGAGCAUAUAAGGGGUGGGCUGAGGGUCAGGUGAGGAUGGAGUGUGUGUGUGCGUGUGUGUGUGUGAUACUUUCGUGUGUAUGAUGUGCGUGUGUCGGACCGCUUCUAGGCUACUAAGUGUCAAUGGAAAAGAAAAUGUAUUCAAAAUACUUAAAUCAAAACUAGAAGAUGGGAAAAAAAAUAAGAUUUAUUCUAUACAAAGCCUUGUCUGGACCACUUUAGAGAGACUUCUAUUUUUUUAACCCUUCUAUAAAUAUUUGAUGGCACUUGAAAUAUUCCUGCAAUAAAAUGUGAUUUGUGUAAAGAAAAAAAAAAGAUUUUGUAAUGUGAAACAAAGAAAGAAAGUAAUGUAAUUUUCUAAAAAAAAAAUACAAACAAACAAACUUUGUAUUAUUUUCUUGAUGGAAUUUGUCUAUCUGUCUUUGGAAAACUUUUUAUUUCAUUGAAUGUGCCAUAGUAGAAAUAUGUGUUUUUAGUUGUAGACUAAGGAAUAGCUGUUUGUGUUCCGACAUUCCAAAAUGCAAAACAACCUAGUCGAAUCUUUAAUGAAAAGGUUUCAGUAGGAUGUAAGCUUCUCUCAUUGUUGCUUUUUUGCACAUUUUCUUCAUUCCUCUCUAGUGCAAUAUAUGUACAUAGAGCACUUGCGGGUGUACCUUGAUCCCUCAGGGAAAAAUACAUAUUUGUACAGUU